UCACGUGGAAAUGCCCUGUUGAUGAUGUCGUCCUCGACGUCGACGUUGAAGUGAUUCAGCACGGCACGCCAGCGGGACAUCGAUGUGGGGUAGCGGUCGGCAGGGCAAGGGGAUACAGACACAACACCAUGGGCAUGCGAGCAGGUACUCUCAUUGGUAGCUGUGUGUAUGGGUUCUCACAUGGUGUGGGUACCAAUGGCGGAGAGGCUUGGCGACUGGCUCACGACCCUGCAGGCACCGCAAACGCACAGAUGCAUGCAUUUGCUUCAGGGAUUCAAUGGUUCGGUUCUCGUCGACGUCCUACCCUGAUAGACGCUCUUCUAUCGCUCCAGAACGAGAAGAAGGAAAAGAAUCUCUGCAGUGCAUUCAUGCGUAUGGCAGACGAUCACACGUCGUGCCUUUUGCUCACCCGAUGCCGUUCAGUGGUUCAGCGAUGGGUCGCACCGGUCACACACAACAGGAAGCCUGCAACCAAUCCACAAGGAUGCACAACGGAGGCGGAGGGGCUCAUCGCCGCCAUGCCUUGUGUGAUGGUCGUGAGGGCGAAAGUGGCGGCCGAGAUGCUGCUGGUGAGAGUGGACCAGUGAGAGGCAACAGACGGCACCUGAUUCAGUCAGUGUACACAAAGGGGGAUAGAUGAUGGAUCAUGGCGGCAGUGAUGAUGGGAUAACCUCUUUGACUUACAAGCGUCGCGUAUCUCCUCAAAAGCAU